GCCCGAUACUCAAACAUUGGCAUUGCAUCCCCUACAAUACCUAAUUCCUGUAAGUCUAUAUAAACAGGUAGGAUGCUCCGCUUUGUAGUACACCAUCAAGCACAGCUCUUCCCGCCAUGUCUAUGAAUGCAUUCAUGGCCUCUGCGCCUUCUCUUGCAAGUGCUUGCAUUGCACAGUCUAUUCCUUUGCCUUCUGUCUUCGGUGCCAAUAUCUUGAGCUUGCAUGCAACUCCCGUCACAAACUUCUCUCUGCCAUCAAUUCCAAUUCAAGUCUGGACAAAGUCACAGUUCGAUGCUGUUGAUUUCUGCAAUGUCACCGUCAAAUACUCCCGUCCAGGUUCGGACCACAACAUUACCGUUCAAGUCUACUUACCACCACCCUCCGAAUGGAACGGCAGGUUCCUAGGUGCUGGAGGUAGUGGUUAUGCUGCCACUCAAGGCCUGGUCACCACCAUCCCACCUGUCGAUGCUGGUUUUGCCGUCGCUUCUACUGACGGCGGUGUUUCUACUCUCGAGUUCAGCUCAGCCGAAUGGACCCUGCUGAGUCCUGGAAACCCUGACUACGCCCGCAUAAACAUUUGGUCAAGUGCCGUGCUCAACGACCUUUCUAUCAUUGGCAAGAGUGUUACCAACUCUUUCUAUGGACAAGCUGCUGCCCACUCUUACUGGGUUGGGUGUUCCCAAGGUGGUCGCCAGGGCAACAUGAUCGCUCAGAGAUAUCCCGACGCUUUCGACGGCAUUAUCGCUCUUGCCCCUGCCAUCAACUGGGCAGAAUUCUUCCCAAGCAUGCAGUUCCCGCACCAACUCAUGUACGAGUCGGACUAUGCCGUGCCUGCAUGUGAGCGUGAGGCCAUCACCUCUGCUGCAUUCAAUGCCUGUGACGGACUCGACGGUCUCGUAGAUGGAGUUCUCAGUCGCCCAGAUCUCUGCAAGUUCGACCCGCUCACCCUCAUCGGCAAAUCCUACAACUGCGAUGGCACCAACAAAACCUUCACCACCGAGGGCGUCAAGAUCAUUCAAGAUACCUGGACAGGACCUCGCGCCGCCGAUGGCAGGUUUCUCUGGUACGGCUACGGCCCCGACGCAGAUCUGUCCUACGUCGCCAACACCACUUGCACCGACCAGAACAAUUGCACCGUCGCUCCCUUCUCCUUAUCCCAAGACUGGCUACAGCUCUGGGUAGCCGAAGACCCAACCUUGAACAUGAGCAACCUAACCCGCGACGACUUCACCACCUUGAUUCACCAAGGCAUUAACCGCUAUGAUUCUAUCGUCAGCGCUCGCGACCCGGAUAUCUCCCGCUUCAGAAACCGAGGAGGUAAAAUGCUCACUUGGCACGGCUACACCGAUCAAUUAAUCCCAUACCAAGGCUCGCAGAACUAUCACGAUCGCGUCCGCGAACUCGACGCCAAUGUCAAUGAUUACUUUCAUUUGAUCGAUUGGGUGGAAAAGGGCAUUGCUCCGGACCAACUUACCACUGUCAAUCUCACUAAUGUUGAUCCUAAUACUGGAAGACCCAUUUGCUUGUAUCCCAAGGUGCAAGAGUAUAUUGGCGGUGAUGAGGAUAUGAUGUCUUCCUUCCGCUGUGUCUCGCCUUGA